CCCCAAGGCAUCGCGAAUCGCGAUGAUGUGAUGGUGUAGGCCUAGGAAUAUAGAAGGUUCGUUGUUGGGUGCUUUGGUUGUUGAUUAAUGCUCGAAAUUACUAAACUUUAAAAUAUAGCUGAUUACUAAUUAUUGUACAAUGAUGCAUAUCGUUUUAUUCUGAGGGAAUGCAGUUUGAAAGACGAUGUAAGGCGUUACAUUGACUUAUCUAAAGCUAGCCUGGUUCGCAAAAUAACAAAAGCUACUUUUGUGCUGCUGCUGGGCCUUGCGGAGUUACGCAGGGAUUUAUUGUCAAGAUGGCGGCGAUGAGGCUAAACAUUUUAACAAAUAUGUUGUUGACAUCAUUUAUGAUUUUGAUCUUUAUUGAAGCUGGUGAAACUAAGAAAUCUAUUCAAUUGUACAAUACUAGUGUUAAUACUUAUUCAAUUCCUUUGGGCCAUGAUAUAUAUCAGAACUUGGGUGGUGGUAGCAAUUCUAAGUCUAAAAAGCCAAACGAAAGUAAGGAGAAAGUUGACAGUUCGUCAGACGCUGAAAUCUCUUCGAAACUUCUACGCGAAGCAGGGGUACUGGCAAACAAAUUUAAGGACAUUGUAGAUACUGAGUUAGCAUAUAAAUCAAUGCAGAGAGUCUACGAUUCCGUGGAGUAUGUAGAUGGAGCUUUAACGGAAUCAGAACAGUUACAAGAGUUGACAUUCAGUGUGGGAACGAAACUCGCAAAGUACCUGAAGCAGCUUGAUUAUAAUAAGAAUAAUGUCGAGAAGUUAUACCAAGCCCACCGAUCACAGCCAAUUUUGGCAGGACGAAGUUGCUGCAAGCUUCAGUCGCAAACGUUACACUACAGUAGUGUGUUCAAGUGCAAUAUCUCACAAGAAAAUGCUUGUGAUCUGAGUUCACCAGUUGUCCCAUCUGGUGCCUUCAAUCCAGUUAAAAACCUCACACAAAUUUUCAAAAAUACUAUGAAAAAAUGUCAUCUGGCAAUGUGGCAGUACUGGAGCUCGGAGGAGGGGGUUCACGUUGUUUACCCCUCUACUGGUUUCUCCAAUAUUAAUAGUGUUGGAAUGUCAUGUGAUGAAAGCUGGGAUGCACGUAGCAGACCUGUGUAUUCAUCCACUGUGCGCCCUCAACAAAAGAAGGUAGUGAUUUUGAUUGAGCGGGGCUCAUGGGUUAGCAACGAGCAGCUAAAACUUGCCCAGGAGGCAGCAGUGGUUGCCCUGGGAGUCCUCUGUGAACAUGACUUGGUUGGAGUUGUUGCUGUCGGCUCAACCAUCGAGACCUGUCAAUCAGAUAGUUGCUAUGGUAAAAGCCUUGCUCCCGCCUCCAUAGACACCAAGCAGCAAUUGAUCACAUUCAUCAAGUCAAUCAGCAAAGACUCAGAUUCAUCAUUGGGGAGUACAAACCAUACUCUUGGAUUAAAGAAAGCAUUUUCAAUGAUUAAACAAGUGAUUGAGCCCGAGUAUAACAAUGUAUCGUUAGCUGAUUGCAUCAUAGUGUACAUCAGUUCCGGCAACACUUCUGGUAAAGAUGAGGCUAAGAAAGUUGUGAAGACAGUAGUGGAUGAAAACCAGCAGAUUAAUAACAGGGUCAUCAUCAUGACUUAUGCAUUGAUAGAUGAUGGAAGAACUGGCCUGGAAGAGCUAGCUUUCCUACGGGAUUUGGCAGAACAGAACACAAAAGAGGAGUCUGGAAAAACUACUUCUGGGAAACAAGCAGCAACAGAUCCAAUGAGAAGUUCAAAGGUUAAACAGGAAUCUGGUUUACCCCUUCCACAGAAAGGGGCUAUGACUGUUUUGAACCAGAUGAGCAACUUGCCUUCUACGAUUGGUCGAUUCUACAUUAAUCUUCCAGUAUAUGUGCUUUCAAAUCCAACAUUCUCCUUGCCUUAUAUAGAUCCCAUUGGUGAAGCUUACAUAAUCAGUCUUACCAAGCCUUGCUUCUAUAACCAAGAAUUAAUUGGUAUAGUUGGGAUCGACGUCAGUGUCGGUGACUUGCUUGAAGAUAUCACAUACUAUCACGAAGGAGAAGUCUCGUAUGCGUUUAUUGCAGACAAAAAUGGUAAUGCUCUAAGCCAUCCAUCCCUUCCACGACCGUUGUUUGUUAAAACUCAGCCCUCAUUUGUUGAUAUUGCUUUACUGGAACAAGCUCCUGGGUUUGAUGCGGUGAAGAAGUCCAUGAUGAGUGGUGAUAGAGGGCAGCUUAUAUUGCGACAGUCCAUCAAUAGCACAGCAGAUGUGAAGUUCAUCUGGAUGCCGGUACCAGGCAGUCCAUACUCGAUCUGUAUCGUUAGGUUGGAGGCUAAUCAGAAAAUGCGGCACUUGCAGCAGAUGAAGAUGGCCUCAAGUGAUGGCAGUAUUUUGUAUCACCGUCUCGAUCUCAUUCCCACUAACGCCAUGUGCAUGCAUCUGAAGCAAUUGGGAACCAAAACCUCAGGUACACUGAUGCUGGCAGCCAGCAGCUUUAACUCCCCUUACCAGCACAUCAGCCAGGAAGAAACCAAGCAUGUAGUACAGGGCUACUUGGCCUAUUUGAAUGACAACACAAUGCUCAUCUCCAACCCUGGUUUUAAGCCUACAAUUAAGAAUGAUGUACGCGUCACCAAGGGCAUUGAAAAAUUUUGGAUGAGUCAGAUUCGCAAGAGCGAGCUGAAUGAUUACAUUGUCCGAAGGUACUUGGUCACAAUCACUGGCGUACUACGUAUGUACCCUGGCACAUUGAUGGACAAGAAUUAUGAACCAUCACUGCGAAGCUGGUAUGUCCGUGCCCUGGAUAACCCCGGAUUGGUGACUGUCUCCUCACCGUACCUGGAUGUUGGGGGAGGGGGAUAUGUGGUCACCAUCAGCCAUGUACUAUAUGAGGGCAGUUCAACUGGUAAGCAUGAUCCGAGUGACCGGGUUGUUGCUGUUGUUGGCAUUGAUUUCACAAUCCGCUACUUUUACAAGCUGCUUCUCGACACAUUACCUAUGUGUAGACAUUCAACUGUUCGGUGCUUCAUGAUAGAUGAUGCUGGGUAUUUGAUUGCACAUCCUAGUCUAGUAGAGCCUGCUGGCAAGGGACCCAUUGAGAAGCAGCAUGUCACCCACAAGGAACCUCUGGUUGCCAAUGAUAUUCUGAAUCACCAAGGCUUUGUGAAGAAGAAGUCAUGCAACAGCUAUCCAGAUGACACCAUCCAGCGCCUCUAUCAAUUCAAUACCAGCUGGACUGGGCUCCUAUUUAAUCUCCUACAUAAGGACCAUUGCCAAAAAUACAAGAUCGUGCCUAUCCCAGGAACAAAUGCAUUCAUGGGCAUUGUGAAUGAAACAUGUGAUAUGAUCACAACAUUCUGUCCUUGUAGUACAGUGGAUAGGGUGUGCCUGAAUUGCCACCGCAUGGAGCAGACAGAAUGCGAGUGUCCAUGUGAAUGUACCCUUAAGAUAGAUCAGUGUGGUGGAACAAUAACACUUAAUGACAAAAAACCAAGCUGCCCAUGUCCAGAGGAACCAGUAAUUUUACCCAAAGUUGAUGCAAGCUUGACCCAAGACUUACCCCAGUGUUAUGAAUCAAACUGCAAAGCGAGAACCACCUAUGAUAGUUGCUUUGGUGUACUUGACUGCGAAUGGUGCGAGAUAGACCAAGAUGGCUCUACUUUGCUUAGUAGCCCAUACUGCGCAACACAAAGGGAGUGCUUCGGUGGGGUUUUGGGAGCCAAAUCACCAUAUGGAGAUGAAGAAUAUUCAACUUUCAAUGAGAAAUACUACAACGAUGGCACUGGGGCUCAAGUUGGUCCGAUGGCUGGCGGCCUAAUGGGCUUUAUUGUGGUGCUAGCUUUGUCAUUUUUUAUCUACCGCCACAAUGUUCAUCGCUUACAACGUCUUGAGAUGGCAAACUACCAAGAUGCUUCAGUACGCAUGUCUCAAGAAAAUGAGGCUGAUAUUGAAGAUGACAGUCCGAUGGACCCUACACGAGGUGGUGGCGCUAUUGGAGGCCAUAUACAUGCAAACAUUGUGCUGGCAGCUCUUGACCGGCCAAGUCCGUACCAUCAGCGUAUGCGCCAUCAUGUUUGGCGGCACCAUCAUGGUGGUACACCAAGCGAGAGCGACCAUGGUUACAGUACCAUGACUCCACACGAAGACAGCGAAUACCAUUAUGUGGAACCGGAACCCUUACAUCAUGAGCGUGGUUACCAUGGACGUGCUGAAUUCUCAGAUGAUGCGUCAUCCGUUUCAACUUCUCUAAUCGAUCCCCCGCUGCUCAAUCCACCACCGCGUGUUUCGAGCGAAAGGCAGUCACGUCGAAAUAAAGCACGUUCAUAUCAUAUCGUCCCCAGUCAAGAUAUUCUUGAAGGUCAAGAGAAGUUAAUUGAGCCCCUUCCAGGUCAAACAGUUUUACCAUCUUCGUCAUCAUCAAUGUUUCAGGUACCUGUCCAGGUGCAUCAUGUGGAUACUGCGUUUUGAACAAAUUUUUAAACAAGCCAAUAAUAUGAAACCUUUAGAUUUCUUGGGACUGAUGUGAAGAUAACGUGCGAAUAAUCAUACCUUAUUUGGCUGGACCAAUAAUUGACUACAGGUACCAUUGUACUUUUCCGUUGUGAAAUUUAUAUAAACUGUUUGUUCAUCAGAUUUGAGAGCUGUUUAGCAGGCAAGUUCUGAAAUCCAGAAUUGCAAACUAAAAAUUUUAUGGAUUCAUGUUGAAAAGGGACAUUAAUAUUUUUCAAGUUAGUAUCCUUCCUGUAAUUGUGCCCCAGUAAUUUAAGUUUUAAUUUUUGUACAUAUAAUAUUUGUUUUAAGGUUGUAUGAGAGAAAUGAGAAUGCCUUGAUUUACUAUCAUCAAAUUGUGCUUAAUAUUAAGGUUUGAUAAGCUGAAAUAUUUAUCUGAAUACCAACUGUUCACUGCCUUCUAAUCAUUUUUCUUGUUUUCUGAUUUUGUUGUCUAUCAAACAGUAAGAUAUAACUGGCUAUAAAAUCUCUUUUGAGAUUAUGAAGAGCACUUGUAUUAAAGUAGCACUCUUCCAUGUUCAAGCCAUCACGUGUGUGAACCUGCAUUCAUUUCAUCUUGAAAAUGUAACAUCCUGAGCUCUCCUUAGAUGUAAUUGACUGUGUUGCUGCAUUCAUCUAGACAAGUUAAUUGAUUGUCAAAAUGUACUGCACACCAGUAAUGUAAGAUAAGUUACUUUAAAAGAAAUUCCUAUACAGUAAUUUACAAACAUGUCAAAUCAGUGUACUGUUGCCUGACCUGGACAAAUGUGCUUUACAGUGGCGGAUCCAGGAAUUUUAAGUAGAGGGGGGCCCAGGGAUUGACUAGAAGCAAAAAAAAAAUUAUGGUUGUGGCACUCUAGAUGGCAGGAACUCUCAGGCUAUGAACAAAAUUAUCUUUUUUUUCGUAUAAUUUUGAAAAAGUUAGGAGGUGGUGGGUAUGUCUGACUUUGACUCCCCCUUGAAUCUGCAACUGUCUGCUUUAUCUGUUCAGUGAUUUAAAAAAAAAUGAAUUUUACCACUUGAUUAAUAGGUAGUGUAUAUCCCACAAUUAGUUUUUAUCUUCAGUAUUUGAAAUUAAUUUUAUAAUGUCGCAACUGCCAUUUUAUUGCAUCUGUGAUGCAAUUUAAGAUAUGAUUAAAUUUAAUUAAAAGCUUUUAAUGCUAAGAAAUAUAAAUUAUUUAAAAUCGUGGUAAGAUAAAUUGAUAAAAAAAUAUACACACCAGAAACAAUAAUAGAUUACGAAUUAUUGUACUUUUUUCAGGGAGGAAAAGUCUGAAUAUUAUGGAUUUCAUGAAUAAUUAGUGAUGACAAAUUUGCUAUAAUACUUGAAGAAAAUUAAAAGGCAGUACUCUUAGACUAACUUAGAUGUUAUUUAUUUAACACAAUACUUGUACACAAUACUAUAAUGCUUGUAUUACUACCAUAUGUAAAACUGUAGAUAUAUCUAUAAAUUUAAACUCAACAUUUUAGUUCUUGAGUAAAUCAAAUACAGUAGACCACCUCCUUUGGGAAACCCCUAUUAAGGGGACAUUUUCAGCCACUGAACGAGCGAAAGUAUAUCUUUUAAUACUACCGCCAACCCCUAUUCAAGGGGAACACCCCUAUUAAGGGGGACACUUAUAGGGGUUCUACUGUAUACUUUUGUCACUCAUUGUAUCAGCGUAGCCAUGCUUGUUUACAACCAGGGGAACUUGAAUAUGAAAAUCACUGAUCAUUCAUGGAAAAGUAAACAUUCAUAUAAAUAAUUAUUGUGUGUUGCAUUUUACAAGUUUUUAAACGUUAAAUCAUGGUGGAAAUAUGAAAAAAAUUCAUUGAAAAUAAUGAAAAAUGUGACAUUUAAAUUUUAUAUAUUUAAUAUUUUUUUUUACAUUUUUAAAAUUAUUUUACUGAUACAACAGUAUUGAAUUCACCUCUGAUUAUAAUACUGUUGCGUUGUAACCACAUCUCAUUAUAAAUUUCAUCUGAAGCCCUGUCCAGACUAUCAAAUACAAAAAAACUGUAUGCCCAUAUAUAGUCAUGAUGUGCCUAUAUAUGGUCAUGAUGUGAUGUCAUCUUGACCAUAUUUAGGCAUUUCACAUGUUUUUGUCAAAUGAAAUUGGAUAGUCUGGACAGGCCUUAAGACAUUUUCUCAAGUCAUGAAAACGAGAUGGCCUCAUAUUUAUGGGAUUAUCCAGCAUAAUUAAUUGUAGAUAGAUAAAUGUAUUUUGUACAUAGUCUGAAUUUUGCAUACUGUACUUAUUAUGUAGAACACAGUAGAUAUGUUUAUAGUAGUAGAUGUUUCAACCUUGUAUUAUAGUUUUUUUUUUCCCCACCAAGCAAGUAUUUAUACUGUUGUGCUUAAAAUGUAGUAACAUAGGAAGGCACGUACCAACACCACAACACACGACACGUUUCAACCUUGUAUUAUAGUUUUUUUUUUCCCCACCAAGCAAGUAUUUAUACUGUUGUGCUUAAAAUGUAGUAACAUAGGAAGGCACGUACCAACACCACAACACACGACACACACCUCCAAACACAAACCCUCCAACAUACACACACAUUAAGCCUGGCAAACACUGUGUCAGACAACUCAGUGUGUCAUGGGCUGUACUGUACAUAUCCAUUCACAAUCAUCAUAACAUUGGUGCACUCAGGCCCACUACAUGUGCUGUUUUCAAUUAUGUACCCAAUGUGCUCUCUACCAAGAACAGAUAUUUGUUAGAGCUCUUGUUGAAUAUUGACCACCGACAGUGACCACCACCGACAGUGACCACUAAAUGUUAACCACCACUAUUGUACAUCAAAAUACUGUGCCACCAGCUUUUUCCACUAAUAUUGACCAUUAGUGCUUACCGUCUGCAUUCACCACUAAAGUACUGACUACAUAACCACUGAUAACCAAUACAGUGUAUAUUUACAUAACCACUAACAAUUAACACUCACCACCAACUGUUAUCAUUGACCAUCAAUACUUAAUGUACAUCAUUUCUUUUAACUACCUCUUGCCCCUGUUAGUCCUGUGUUUUCUGCAAAAUGUAUGUUUGACUAGAAUUACAUUCUAGAACUUAGACGACUUCAUGUGAUGUUAAGUUCUAGAUCAUACCAUCGCCGUGUAUUUGGGAACUCCAUAUUUCAUAAAUAUUAUCUACAGAGUGAACAACCCCAUCAAUAGUAGUUACUUAACAUUGAAGUUGUAGACAUGACCUAUAGUGUGUCCAUUGACCAGAUAAAAUUCUACACAUUUGUAGAAAAUUCUACAAAUUAUUAGAAAUACAUUACUUUAAACGAUUGAUGUGUCCAUAUCUUAUACUUGUUUUUUUUUUUUUUAAAUCCUUUUUGUGAUUAGGAAUUGAAAAACCCAAACCCAUAUGCUUUGCCAAACAGUUUCAUAUGCCAGAAUAUUUGCUUUAUAUUUAUUAUGUAUUUCUGGUGAGUGUAGUAGCUUGGUUACCAAGCUUUUAGAAGCUGAUAAUAUAGCUCUCAUUUAUACAACAUGUUUAUCAUGAUCAAACCACAUAUUGUAAAACCAAAGUUAGUUAUAUUGAAGAGAAAGAACUUGAUUGGACUACUAACAUGAUUAAUUUUCAUAGAUAUGUACAAGAAAACCAAAGAAACUAGGGCAAAAAAAAAAAAAAAAAA